UUUUUCUCAUUCCCCGAUCGAUCCGAAAAAGGCCUUUCCUUCUUUCUUCAGCGAGUGGCGAUUUUCCUCUUCUCCAGACCUAGAGCGGCAGCUCUUCCUCUGUUCUCCAGGCAGGCAGGCAGGCAGGCAGGCUCCAGUUACCGUCUUCUCCGAGCGAGCGAGCGAGCGAGCGAGCGAACGACAGCCGACUUUGUAUUGACUUGGGUUAGAUUGAGCCAGCGAAGAAGAAGAUGGGGGGGAAUAACAAGGAAUCAGACCCUUCCCUAGGUUUUCUUACCAAGAAAGACACUGAAGUUAAGCUUCCUCGUCCCACUCGUGUCAAGAACAAGACUCCUGCCUCGAUUCAGAUCACUGCGGAGCAGAUCCUCCGUGAAGCACGAGAAAGGCAAGAGGCUGAAAUCCGACCACCAAAGCAAAAGAUCACAGAUGUCACCGAAUUGAACGACUAUUGUCUCCGCAAGCGCAAGGAAUUCGAAGAUCUAAUCCGCCGCGUGCGAUGGAACAUUAGCGUAUGGGUGAAGUACGCCCAAUGGGAGGAAUCACAGAAGGAUUUCAACCGUGCUCGUUCCAUUUGGGAACGAGCACUAGAAGUCGAUUACAGGAAUCACACUCUUUGGUUAAAGUACGCCGAAACUGAGAUGAAGAACAAGUUCGUCAAUCACGCAAGAAAUGUCUGGGAUAGAGCCGUUACUCUUCUUCCUAGAGUUGAUCAGCUGUGGUACAAGUACAUUCACAUGGAGGAGAUGCUUGGAAACGUUGCAGGAGCUCGUCAGAUCUUCGAGAGGUGGAUGGGUUGGUCACCCGAUCAACAAGGCUGGCUUUCCUACAUAAAGUUCGAACUCCGUUACAACGAAAUCGAAAGAGCAAGAGGAAUCUUCGAGAGAUUUGUGCAGUGUCAUCCAAAAGUCAGUGCUUGGAUUAGAUAUUGUAAGUUUGAAAUGAAGAACGGAGAGGUUGGACGAUCAAGGAAUUGCUAUGAAAGGGCUGUAGGGUUGCUUGCUGAAGACGAAGAUGCAGAGCAGCUGUUUGUCGCGUUUGCUGAAUUUGAAGAACGGUGUAAGGAGAUAGAAAGAGCGAGGUGUAUCUACAAAUACUCACUUGAUCACAUCCCAAAAGGGCGUGCAGAAGACCUGUAUAGAAAAUUUGUAUCUUUUGAGAAGCAAUACGGUGAUAAGGAUGGUAUAGAGGAUGCCAUUGUUGCGAAGAGAAGGUUUCAGUACGAGGAUGAAGUGAGGAAGAACCCAAUGAACUACGACACGUGGUUUGAUUACAUUAAGUUGGAAGAAAGCGCAGGAAACAAAGAUCGAAUUCGCGAGGUUUACGAGAGAUCUAUCGCCAACGUUCCUCCAGCUGAAGAGAAGCGAUAUUGGCAGCGUUAUAUAUAUUUGUGGAUUAACUAUGCUUUAUAUGAAGAACUUGAUGCACAAGAUAUGAACCGGACUAGAGAUGUAUACAGGGAAUGUCUUAAUUUAAUUCCACAUGCAAAGUUUUCGUUUUCUAAAAUUUGGUUAAUGGCUGCUAAGUUUGAAAUAAGGCAACUCAACCUGAAAGCUGCCAGACAAAUCCUUGGAAAUGCCAUUGGAAGAUGCCCGAAACACAAAAUAUUCAAGAAGUACAUCGAGAUAGAACUGAAUCUUGGAAACAUUGAUCGUUGUCGAAAGCUAUAUGAAAAGUAUUUGGAAUGGUCCCCCGAGAAUUGCUACGGUUGGAUAAAGUAUGCAGAGCUAGAGAAAGACCUAAUUGAAACCGAGAGGGCUAGAGCUAUCUUUGAGCUUGCAAUUGCUCAACCAGCUCUCGAUAUGCCUGAAGCUCUAUGGAAGAAAUACAUCGACUAUGAAAUAUCACAAGCAGAAUUUCAAAGAGCUAGAGAACUGUACGAGAGGCUUUUGGAUAGAACAAAACAUGUUAAGGUUUGGAUUAGUUAUGCUGAAUUUGAGGCUUCUGCUGUGGAAAGCCUGGACUCAGCCGAAUGCCUUGAACGGAGUAGAGGAAUAUUUGAGAGAGCCAUAAACCAUUUUAGAACCUCAGCCCCGGAACUGAAAGAAGAGAGAGCUAUGCUGUUGGAGAAGUGGUUGGUUGUUGAACGCAAAUUUGGAGAUUUGGGCGAUGAGAGUUUAGUCCGCUCGAAGAUGCCCAAGAAACUAAAGAGGAGACGGCAGAUAGGAGCGGAGGAUGGUCUCGAAGGAUACGAAGAAUACAUUGACUACUUGUUCCCAGAAGAAACACAAGCACCAACUCUUAAGAUUCUUGAAGCUGCGUACAAAUGGAAAAAGCAGAAGCAAUCAGCCAAUGAUGAAGAAGAAGAUUAGUUCACUGUUUCUUUUUUUUAAUGUUUUGUGAUCAACAUGAAUCUCUGUAUUUGAAGCUAAUUGACCAUGUUGUAUGUACUAAAGGGCAGUUGUUUCUUUAGAAGUGAAAAUUCUUUUAUCCCUCUAUCCUCAAUUAUUUGAAAGUUGCAAUAGUUGUAUUUACAACAACCUGU